AAUAUUAUUUAUUUUCCAGGUUCGCAUAUGUUCGUCCGUGAAACAUUCAAAUAGGCAGCAUUUUUCUACUUAUUGACAUCCAUGGCGACGUCGUCCGAGGAUGUCCUCCUCUUGGUGAAUCACGUUCGUUACAAGAAGAACGAUGGGACUCUGUAUGUGAUGGAUGAACGGAUCGCCUGGAUUAUGGAAGGAAGAGAUACAUUUGCUGUCAGCCACAAAUAUGUGGACAUUAAGAUGCAAAAGAUCAGCCCAGAGGGGAAGGCAAAGGUGCAGUUACAAGUGGUGCUCCACGAUGGGUCUUCAUCUACAUUCCAGUUUGUAAAUCCUCUUGGUGUGCAGCAACAACUGAAAGAUAGAGAUGAUGUGAAGGAACUGCUACAACAGCUUCUGCCAAAGUUCAAGAGAAAAGUUGAUAAAGAACUGGAGGAAAAGAAUAAACUCUUGUCAGAGAAUCCAUCCCUUCUCCAGCUGUACAAAGAACUUGUCAUGACUCAGAUCAUCACUCCUGAAGAAUUCUGGAAGAAUCAUGCAGCUCAGUACAUGCAGAAACAACAGCAGGCCGACCAGCAACGUGUUGGAGUUUCAGGAGCUUUCUUGGCAGAUGUAAAACCACAAGCAGAUGGAUGCAAUGGGUUGAAGUAUAAUCUGAAUAAAGAUAUUAUUGAGUCCAUCUUCAAAACAUAUCCUGCUGUGAAAAAGAAACACCUGGAGUAUGUUCCUCACAAGAUGACAGAGGCAGAAUUCUGGACUAGGUUCUUCCAAUCCCAUUACUUUCACCGGGAUCGCAGUUACGCAGGGAAAGAUGUAUUUGCUGAGUGUGCAAAGCAUGAUGAACAAGAUCUGAAGACUGCAGCCAAAGCAGUUGAAAGCAAUCCCUUGGUUGAUUUGAGUCAGUUCAGUGAUACAUCUGUUGGAGAAGGAUAUGGAGAUACCCCAGAUCUUCCAUCUACCUCAUCUUCAUUCAGCAGUUCACAUGCCAUGAUAAAAAGGUUCAACCAUCAUUCCAUGAUGGUGUUGAGGGCAUGUGAGGAAGGUGACAAGGAUCAGUCAGAAAGCACUCCAAAUGGACUCUUAUCCUCAAAAGUUGCAGUAAAUGGAGAUUCUCAUCACCCUCCAAUUGGCAAAAAAGCCAAGCUCAUGGAGAAACUCCAGUAUGAAGACCUGGAACCACUGGAAUCCACUUCCAUGGUUAAAAUCAACUACAGUCACAUUGAGCGAUACUUGCAUGGCCCUACACUCUCUGGCUUUCAGCCUCCUCAUCCCUGUGAUAGUGAAAGUGAUGAAAGGGCAGGUCAUUUGGCAUACAUGUUGGAGGAGCUGCAGAUGUGGAGGCCUGACAUCCAAAACGUGUUGACGCACUCAGUGGCAUUAGAUGCAUUGAGAGAUCUCUCACCUGGUGGAACCCUCAUGACUGCAUCUCAUUCUGAAACUUCCACACAACUGUUGACUGAAGAUCUGAAGAAGGAAAUGGUGCAGUUAUACCUAUCAUUGAGUGAACUUUUGAGGCAUUUCUGGGCAUGUUUCCCUGCCACCACUCCACAGCUGCGGGAGAAGGUCACACGCAUGAAGGAGACAUUGGAACGCUUUGAAAUGGCCAAAGUGAUUCCCUUCCAGGAAAAAGUGAGGCGGAGUCACACCGUCCCUGGUGAUGUGAGUGCCCACCUACACAGCAUGCUCAAGGCUGCCUACUAUAAAUUUGCCUCCUGGCAGCAGAAGACUGCUAUUGCACCCAAGAUCAGGUAGCAUCUGCACUUGUAUUUCACAGUCUGCUGCAAGUUGGCUCAAGAUGGAUUGAGUAUUCCACUUAUUGGGAGAUUCUAAUGCAAUAGGGGAGUAGCUACAAAUGAGUUUCAUUGGUUUGAAAUGUCAUAUGAACUUAAUGUCCCUGAAGAGAGCCACAAAUGUUAUUUAGAGCAAUCUAACUCGUGUUCAAUAUGCUCGAUAACAACAUUCAAACAGAUAUAGGCCAACACAGUGCUGUGAAAUAGUUUUUGCACAGGCUCACCUCCAGUCUUCAUCCAUGAUAGAGUAUUUUUUCAUGUCUGGAUGAGUACUCCAUUUUCGUUUUUAUAUGUUUGAGGGAUAUAUUUCUGAAGAGUCUCCUGUGAUAUGAAAUAAAGAAUGUGAAUUUUUUGUGUUUUCCCAAUCCUGCAUUUGUUUCCUUGCAGAGGUGGGAGUGAGAUGGGAAGAGGUGGAUUGAGACUCUCUCUUAACAUGCAGUCUAACCGUUUCAAAACUAAUGUGACUAAAGAC